GCGGGCGCGGCGCGUGCGCGGCGCGGGGCCCCGGGCCGGAUCUCUCGCGAGGAAGGACGCCAUUAUCGCAGCCGCCGCACAAAACACCACGAGAACUCGGCGCCCGCCUCACACGGAGUGCAUGCCCGGGCCAGCUCCUGCCCUGGGAGCUGCAGAGGUGCUGGAAGGGUUUUGCUGCUGCUUCUGAAUGAUGUCAGAGCAGGAUUUGGCAGAUGUGGUUCAGAUCGCUGUUGAGGACCUGACUCCAGAUAAUCCAGUUGUGUUGGAGAACCAUGAGGUGGCAGAUGAUGACGUGGAACCUGCCCUGAAACGUCAGAGGAUAGAAAUCAACUGCCAGGAUCCCUCUAUUAAGUCCUUCCUGUACUCCAUCAACCAGACCAUAUGCCUGAGGCUGGACAGCAUCGAGGCCAAGCUGCUGGCACUGGAGGCCACCUGCAAAUCCCUGGAGGAGAAGCUGGACCUGGUCAUGAACAAGCAGCACAGCCCCAUCCAGGUGCCCAUGGUGGCCGGGUCCCCGCUGGGCGCCACCCAGACCUGCAAUAAAGUCCGAUGUGUUGUCCCUCAGACCACAGUGAUCCUCAACAACGACCGGCAGAAUUCCAUCGUGGCCAAGAUGGUGGGGCAGGAGGAGCCGCUGAGCAGAGCAGCAGAUUCCCUGGAGAACAUCCUCAGCAAUGCGGUUCCAGGGCGCAGGCAGAACACCAUCGUGGUCAAGGUGCCCGGCCACGACGACAGCCACAACGAGGACGGCGAGAGCGGCUCCGAGGCCAGCGACUCCGUGUCCAACAGCGGCCAGGUGGGCAGCCAGAGCAUUGGCAACAACGUCACCCUCAUCACCCUCAACUCUGAAGAGGAUUACCCCAACGGGACGUGGCUGGGCGACGAGAACAACCCCGAGAUGCGCGUGCGCUGCCCCAUCACGCCCGCCGACAUGCUGCACAUCAGCACCAACUGCCGCACGGCCGAGAAGAUGGCCCUCACCCUGCUGGAUUACCUCUUCCACAGGGAGAUCCAGGCCAUCUCCAACCUCUCGGGCCAGGGGAAGCACGGCAAGAAGCAGCUGGAUCCUCUCAUGAUCUACGGGAUUCGCUGCCACCUGUUUUACAAAUUUGGCAUCACUGAGUCGGACUGGUACCGCAUCAAGCAGAGCAUCGACUCCAAGUGCAGGACAGCGUGGAGGAGGAAGCAGCGAGGGCAGAGCCUGGCUGUGAAAAGCUUCUCCAGGAGAACACCCUCAUCCUCCUCCUACAGUGGCUCAGAGGGAUCCCAGAGCUCGGUGUCAGCUUCCAGUGAGAUGCAGCAGAACCAGCCCCAGGCCCUGCACUAUGCCCUGGCCAACGCUCAGCAGGUCCAGAUCCACCAGAUCGGAGAGGAUGGACAAGUCCAAGUAAUCCCACAGGGCCAUCUCCACAUAGCCCAGGUGCCCCAGGGAGAGCAGGUCCAGAUCACGCAGGACAGCGAGGGAAACCUUCAGAUACACCAAGUCCACGUGGGUCAGGACGGGCAGGCACUUCAGCUGUCAGCAGACAUCGUGUGCUGAAGAUCUCCGUGGCAUCAGCAUCAGGAGUUUGGUCCCUUCUAAAUAAAACUGAGUGACAGUGCUUAGAUGUGGGAUUCGAUUCUACAAUGAAACCUUUCACUUCCAAACUCAUCUUCCUGCUGCUCGAAUUCCUCUUGGAAUUCUUCUUAAUUUGCAACAGCAACGCAGAACAGUUGAGUGUUCCGGGAGCCUUUUCCAGUCAUUUCAAUGCCUUCAUUUAAAGAAUAUUCCACUCUUUAUCCGUGUCUUUUCCCCUUGGCUCUCUCACCCUCUGUAUCCUCAGCUCCCCACCUUGCUCAGGUGGUUCCUGAUGUGGAUUUUGGAGCCGGGGGAUUUCUGUAGCUGGGGAUGAGCCGAGGAGCGCGAGAGCCACGGUGGGAAUUUGGGUGUGAGAGCGAAGUGCUGCUGGGGGAUACACGAAGCAGCUGUGCUGCCAGAGCUGAGAAAUGUCCCUUUGCAUUUGUACAAAAAAAAAAAAGCUGAAAAGUGGCUUGUGAUGCUGAAUUCAAUCUGGGAAGUGUGAGGAGAUGUUUUCAUUCGGCACCACUGUGCCUGUUUGUCCCGAGAAUCCUUAAAAUUCCCAGUCUCUCUUCCACAGGAAAGAACUUUCAGGUCUCUAAUAUAUUUUACUGCUUUUCUCUGGGCCAAUUUCUCUAUUUUCUUUGGUUUGUUUCUAAGGUUGAGAAGCUAAAGUUGGACACAUAUUUAUUUAUAUGCAUAACACUAAAUUCUGUUUUCCAAAAUGGCAUUUCCUUGUUUCCCAAGCCUUUCACAUCGCUUUAGGCUGACACCACAAACCUGUUCUUGGUUUCUUUUCCACGAAUUUAUAAUAAUUGGUUUGGGAAUGGUUGUGGCAUUAACCUGUGCUCAUUGGGGAUGAAUUUCACCUGCCUUUGUGACGAUAUGAAGUGUUUCUGCAAUGGUUUGGGAUCAGAAUCUGCUCCUUGCACAGGGAUCCACUCUUCUGAGGGUUAAAUUCCUGACAGUUUAAAAAUCUCGAAGUGUUUCUCCUCACUGAUUUCUCGAUUCAGAGUUUUUGACUAAAGAUUUGCCGUCUUACAGAAAACCUAACUCCCAUUCUCAGCAGAUCUUGUACUGGUAUUAAGUUAUAUUCAAGAAGAAAAACAUUCUGCAUACAGUAUAUUUUAAGUCAAAAUAUUGUGAAUUACUUCACCAUAUUCUCUUUUUCACCAGUAAUUAUGAUACAGCUGAAACAAUGACUGUUUCCCUCCUUUAAGUUGUUAAACAGAUACAGUCUGUGCCUGCUAAAUUGUGUGUAAAUUCAGAUUUCUGGCAUUUCUUAUUUUGGGGGGGAAGGGAAAAUCAUUCAAAACACCCCAUAGAAAUUAAUUUUGUGAAAUCACUCAAGGGGAAUUAGGUCCAUCUGCUCAGAGAGUUCAGCCUUUCUAAAUUCACUUACACAAGAAAAGAAAAAGGAGUCAUUGUUUGACUCGAUAUGUUCGUGCUGUGAGCUGGGGUGUGUUUUUGUAGCACUGGCUGUGAGCUUUUGGAGGAAGGGGAUUGUUUUUGGAAGUGUCUUUUAUUUCCUUGCAGAUAAAAAUGGGUAAUUAAUACAUUUUUAUUACUUGUAUAAAGUAAUGAGUGCAGCUAUGGACAGAUGAUGGGUAAGCUCAGAGCUGAAUUCCAAGUGAGGGGACACAGAAUUACAAGCAAAGAGACCUAAGUUCUGCUCAUGUCUCUAAUUAUUCCUAAGCACUUAUUAAAACAGGAGUUAAAGAAGAUACAGAUACUUUUUGCCUCAUUCAGUUCAUAUAAAACAUAGAGUUGAACUAAAAUCUGGUUCUUGGGCCCCAGCUGAACUUGGAGGGUUUGUUGAGACAGAAUUAGGACUGAAUCCCUUCAAAAUGACUUAUACUGAUGAUUAAAAAUAAGGAACCUGCUAAAAAAAAAUGUCUAUUAUAUAAAUAAAACUCUAGUUUUGCCCCAGCAUCUUUAGGUUGAUUUUCAACCCGUGCUUGAACUCUGGUGAGAGGAAAGGAUUUGAGGAGUUUAAAGUUUUGCCAGUGAGUUUUCCCUUUUCAAAUCCUGCAUUUCCAACUCCAAGGAAGUUUCCAAUGAAAUCCCAGUUUCCCUGAACUAUCAGUGCACAGAUAAAAUCCAAAGUGCACAGACAAAAUCCAAAGUGCUCCAAAACCGCUCUGGUUUUGUGUCCAGAUUUCAAGGCCUAAUUAAGUAAUGGCUGCAGGGGGUUUCAGAUCCUUCGCUUGCAGCUGGAUUUCCAAGGGCAGAAUAACAGUAGCAGGGUGCUAAAGAACUGCUAAAGAUUUAUUUUUGUGGCUUUGUGUGGCUGCUCUGCUGAACUGACAGUUCCAAACUUGGCAUCAAAUGAAAAGAUGAAUUUGGAGUCUAUCCAGAGUCGCCAAGGCUUGGCUUCAGCCUUUGAACAAAGCCUGGCUUAAAGGAACUUCGAUUUAUCUGUGGUGAUUUUUUUUUUCCUUAAAUCUUUUGUUUUCAAAAUUGUCGAGUGUUUAUUUAAUUGUUGUAGUUUAAUUUAAUUGUUGUAGGUUUUUUUUCCCUUUUUUUCCCCAAAAUAGUGUUUAACCUUUUAACUGAAGGUCUUGGAUUCAGUCUUUGUACAAGGCCUUGCUCAGAGGGCCUACUUGGCACUCACUAAAGGAACUUCAAUUUAUCUGUGGUGAUUUUUUUUUUCCUUAAAUAUUUUGUUUUCAAAAUUGUUGAGUAGUUUUUUUCAGAAUCCUUUUUUUCCUUUUUUUCUUUCCUUUGUGUUCAGCCUUUGAACAAAGCCUUGCUAAAAGGGUCUACGUGGGACCUAAAGGAACUUCGAUUUAUCUGUGGUGAUUUUUUUCCCUCCCUGAAAUCUUUUGUUUCAAAGUUCUUAAGCAGUUUUUUUUUCUGUGUAAUAGAAAAUAAGGGUUUUUUCUAUCUAGUUUUUUUUGCCAUCUUUUUUCAGAAUAGUUUUUUCCUUUUUUAUUCAAGGUUUUGGGCUCAGUCUUUGAACAAGGCCUUUCUCAGAGGGCCUAUGUGGCACUAAAGGAACUUCAAUUUAUCUCUGGUGAUUUUUUUUUCCUUAAAUCUUUUGUUUUCAAAGUUGUUAAGCAUUUUUUAUAUGUAGUUUUUGGGGGGGUUUUUGUUGGUUUUUUUUUUUUGAAAAUAGUGUUUUCCUUUUAUUUCAAGGCCUUGGGUUCACCCUUUAAAGAAGGCCUUGCUAAAAAGGCAUACAUGGGACCUAAAGGAACUUGAAUUUAUCCGUGGUCAUUUUUCUUCCUUCAAUCUCUGAUUUUCAAAAUUGUAUUUUUUUCUAUGCACAGACUUCUAUACUGUUAUCUCUGAUUUCAUUUGGGUCUUUUUAUGGAAAAAAAAAAUCAUCUAUGUGAAGCUUUUUUUUCCCUGUGAAAACACUUGCCAAGGAAAUCUUUCUUGCAGUUAUCCAAAGGAAAGGUCAUUUUUACAGACUUCAGAUCUGUGUUUUCAGACAACUCACAAACACCCAGCCAGGAAUAGCAGGGGCAUCUUUCAACUUUAACCUUCUGUUCUUUAAAAUUUGUUUAACAAAAAAAAAA